UAUCACUUUUGUGUCUCUCCCUCUCUCUUGCUCUCCCUCGAAUCGUCACAAUUGCAGCGCAGCCGCGGCUUUGGCUUCAUCACAUUCCAAGAACCGUGCACCGUGGACAAGGUGCUUAAGGUGCCCAUUCACACGCUCGAUGGCAAGAAGAUCGAUCCGAAGCAUGCCACGCCCAAGAAUCGCCCACGUCAAGCGAACAAGACCAAAAAGAUAUUCGUGGGCGGCGUCUCGCAGGACACCUCCGCCGAGGAGGUGAAAGCCUAUUUCAGUCAAUUCGGUGCCGUCGAGGAGACGGUCAUGCUGAUGGAUCAGCAGACGAAACGCCAUCGCGGCUUUGGCUUUGUCACCUUCGAGAACGAGGACGUGGUGGAUCGCGUCUGCGAGAUUCACUUCCAUACCAUCAAGAACAAGAAGGUCGAGUGCAAGAAGGCCCAACCCAAAGAGGCAGUUACACCCGCCGCCCAGCUGCUCCAGAAGCGCAUCAUGCUGGGCACUCUGGGCGUGCAGUUGCCCGCCGCACCUGGCCAAUUGUUGGGCGCACGCAGCGCCGCAGGCGUGGCCGCUGCCAUGAAUCCCUUGGCCAUGCUACAGACACCCACACAGCUGCUGCAAUCGCCGGCCGCAGCRGCCGCCGCCCAGCAAGCGGCGCUCAUAUCACAGAAUCCGUUUCAAGUACAAAAYGCAGCCGCCGCUGCCACCAUGGCAGCCAAUCAGAGCAACUUUGGCAAGCUGCUAGCCACAUAUCCACAGACAGCGCUGCACAGCGUCAGAUAUGCUCCCUAUACCAUACCCGCCAGCGCCGCCACUGCCAACGCCGCAUUGAUGCAGGCCCACCAGGCCCAGAACGUGGCUGCUAUGUCCGCCCAUCAGCAGCAGCAGUCACACAAUGCAGCGCAUGCACAUGCCGCUGUCGCCGCCGCCGCCGGCCUGCAUCAGCAGCAUUCGCACCAUCACCAACAGCAGCAGCAGCAGCAGCAGCAACAACAACAGCAUCAUCACAAUGCAGCCGUUGCGGCAGCCGCCGCCGCCUCCAAUAAUGCUGCCACACAGGUCCAUUCGGCGGCUGCUGCCGCCGCCUUG